CCGCCCGCCUCUCCCCGAAUUGGGUCAGUCGUUCCGUUUUUUAGUCUCUGCCAACAGCCAAUGCCGCCUCUCUUUAACUGCGAUUUCAACUUCGGCUUUGCGCUCUCAUCAGCGGCAGCGACAGUCCCAAGACAACCCGGAUUAUAGCGAAUCACCUACCCCUCUGAACACCUACGGCACCCAAGUGCGACGACAAGAGCCAAGUGGAAAGGAGGAAGCAUAAAAGGCGGGAAAAGACGGAAAAAUUCACCAAAAUGUCUUUCGAGGCGGUCAUGCCGCCCUACAACGCCUCAGACCCAACCGCCCGCUUCCUGUCGUCGUCCUGCCUCGAUUUUCUCCUGAUAGAGAUCGUGCCAUUGGCGUACCGCAUUACGAAUGAGCUUGAGGCGGGCGCAAAGGAGAAGGAGGCCGAGGCGAAUGCCGCUGCCGGCGGGUUGGUUGAUGGACAAGGGAACCAGGGACAGGGGCAGGGGCAGACGACCCUGAAUGACGGGGCUGUUGGGGAGAGGACGACUUCGGGCGGUGCUGCCGGGACAGGUAUGGCGAUAAGAGAGGGCCCGUCGGUGAUGGAGGAGGAGGAGGAAAGGGAGGCUGUUUUCUGGCGGCUGGAAGGCAUUGGGUACCGCGUUGGACAGGGGCUCGUGGAGAGGUGGGUUGUCUAUUUCCCCUACCUUGCUUUCGUCUUGUGGUUCGCUUUUGGGAGGAAAGGGGGGAGAUGUUGGCUAAUCAGGGUGGUGGAAGUUAGGUUCUCGCGCGAUCGGCCUCGCUUCAACGAUACCCUUGACGUGAUCAAAUUCCUUUGCAAAGACCUCUGGACUUUGGUGUUUAGGAAACAGGUGGAUAACCUCAAAACAAACCACAGGGGAGUCUACGUUCUAACAGACAACUCCUUUCGUCCCUUCUCGCGCAUGAGCGCCGAAUUAAACAGCCAGGCGGUCCUCCGUGCACAACCGUUCCUCUGGUUUCCCUGCGGCAUCGUCCGCGGCGCCCUGGCAGCAAUGGGCAUAACAGCCACAGUACAAGCCGAAACAACCGAGCUGCCGAGCGCAGUAUUCCAGAUCAAGACUGUUCCAGUCAAGACAUAG